CACUGGGACUUUGUAAACAAAUAUUUGAUUCGUUUCCAAUCAUCUUUUUCGAAGUUGCCAUUAAUAGCGGAACAAAUACAUAAAAUGUUAUACGAAAAAUGUUGUGUUUUAUGCUUGGAAAAUAUUACGCCAAUAGAAAGCAGAAUAAAUCUUAACAUGGAGGAUGCGAUCUCUAUAGAAGCACAUAAAAGAAUUGAUAAACAUUUCAAGGAAGAGCUCCUCAUCAUGUCGAGUUUAUCAACUAAAUUUGUAUGCAAUAAAUGUUGGGAGUUGCUGGAUUCAUUCCAUAAAUUCUACAUUCGUGUACAAAACGCACAUUUGGAAGCGAGCUAUAAGCUUGAAGCGCUGCAAGAAUCUACGAUAGCAGUUACAGAAAUUAAAGUGGAAACAAAUGAUGAGGAUAAAUUGGCCACAACGUCAAAUGAACGCAAGGAAUGUGAAGAAAAUAAUGACGGUGUAGAGCUAUACACGAGUAAGGAAGAGAUAAUUGUGGGAGAAUUUCAUAUUAGAAAUGAAGCGAUAUGUGACGAAUCAAACCAUUCAAAUUUUGUUCCGUUGAAACAGUUAGAUGGGGAUGAUAGUAGCAUUGCUAUAAGCGAUGCGUUUGGAAGUCCUGUUAAUAACCACAAAGCUGAACAGAAGAAUAAAAUUAAAGUUAAAAAGAGAAGUAUGAAAUCCACUAAUGUGCACAGAGAUCACAAUAAGACACCGCACUAUGAUGAUUUCAUUGCGAAGCAUUUCCAGUUAACUUGUUUUAUAUGUGACAAAUCUCUAACAGAUUUUAGAGAUUUAAAGAUCCACUAUCGUGAAAAUCAUCAAACGAAUGGAUAUAUAAAAUGUUGCGGGAAGAAAUUAUUCAAACGUGGUGAUCUAGUUGAUCAUAUACAUUUCCAUAAAGAUCCAGAGUAUUUUAAAUGUCCACAAUGCGAAAAAGUACUAUGUGAUCGAAAGAAUCUCGAAUCCCACUUACAUUACUCUCAUGAUUCCCAAGAACGUCAUAUUUAUAAAUGUGACAUUUGCUCUAAGUGCUUCUCUCAACGCAAAGUACUUGCACGACAUUAUCUAAUACAUGCUCCGGAGGAGCAGAAAACUGUUAAGUGCACUCAGUGUGAGAAAAGAUUCUGCAAUCAAUAUUCCAUGAAACAACAUUUAAAUUUAACUCAUCUAAAUUUAUAUGCAAAGAUUUGUGAUAUUUGCGGUAAAUCUUUGAAUAAUAAAGAAGCAUUCCAACGACAUCAAGAGGAGCACGCUGGCGUUCAAAGAUCGUCAGUACAAUGUCAAUUAUGCAAUGUUGAGCUUAAAACGCAAUACGGCCUGACGAGACAUAUGAAAACGAUGCACACCAAGGAGUAUCAAACUCCACAAGUAUGUCCAGUUUGCUCCAAAGUAUCACCCACACUACGGGCGCAUAAAAGCCACAUGGAAUAUAUGCAUAGCGGAAAGGAAUAUAUUUGUCAUAUUUGUGAUAAAUCCUUCAAACUUUGUAAAUACUUAAAAGAUCAUUUGGCCACACACACAGGAGAAGGUUUGUACACUUGUACAUUUUGUCCGCAAACGUUUAAUUCACAAUCAAAUAUGUACACACAUCGUAAACGAAAACAUCCGCAAGAAUGGACGCAGAAAUGUUCAAAGAAAAAAUUUUCGAAUGGGAUGAGACUUACACAAGAUCAAAUGGAUUCCGAAGGUAGACUAUGACGCUAGAGCUAAAAGGCAUGUAGCAUGGAAGCACUCUACAAAUUCCAACUUAGAAAGCAGCAACGGAACAUUAUCCAUUUUCUGAGCAGCCCACGCACCGCUAAUUAUAUUUAAAAAAA